CAGACCGUCGGGACUCCUACGGAUGCGUGGCCUGGAAGCCUGAGCUGCCUCCAGGAGAGACAGCCUACACUCAGGAUGAAAAGAGAGAACGUCUGGUAACAGAAUAUCGCAGGGUAUCUCGGGAUGAUAGACUAGUCACAAAACUCAUGAGUGAGACUUACGCAACCCAGAGGCUACUGAUCAAUAGCUCCAAGGGGGUAGGCAAGGUGAAAGAGGACUGGCCAUUCCUGUUUGAGGAGCACCAUUUUCUCAAUCAUGCAGAGCUACUGCUCGGAUUCAACGUCAGCGAAGUCUUUGAUGAUAACAUGAAAAAGGUUGGAGUACAACUGUACAGAUACGCCUACAGUCAACUGAAGAACGAGGCUGUGAAGAAGUGCCUUAAGGACAUUGAGGAUGCUAAAAAAACACUAAAAAAUGUGACCCCCGAAUAUGACAGCACUCCGCUCCUGCUGCUGGCACUCUUCGGUGAAGACAUUGAAUUGAUCUUCAAAAAUGUUGAGGAGAAUGCCACUGACUCGGAUCUGGGUGAUAUGGACCCAAGCCCGAUCAUAUGUGUUAAAGGAGCCAACAACUACACAGCAAGCGAGUUCACAAUUUGUGUUGACACAGUGCCGGUGAUGACCACAAGCAACAGGGCAGGCUCAUUCAAGUUGAUGUUCCUGCUCUAUUUUGUGUUGAACAUUUCGUUCCCAGAAGAAGUGGGCCUUACACUUGAAUUUAUUCAAAGGGGUAUUGCAAACAUCAACCCACCGAGGGGCACCAAGAUUCUUAAAAAGAAGAAGAAGCAACACUGUGUGUCACCCGCGGUUGCCAAGCUGAUGGCUUCCCUGGAGGAAUAUGCCUUUUAAGCUGAAACAGUCUUAAAGCCUUCCUGAUUUAAAUAAAAGUGGCCGCCAAGUCAAGCAAACUAAUGGCACUAUCAAGAUUU